CACACUUCACGAGGCCUUGACCAUUUAAAUUGGCAGUCGCUGAUGCGCACUGGUACUUUGCCCUUCACAUCACGGCACUUCUUCUACCUAUCGGUUACAAGAAGCAUAGGCAGAGCACUAUCAUCAAUACGCUGUAUUUAUCUUUGUACUAUGACAGAGCUGUACUUUGUAGUUUGUAUUCUUCCGGGCAAUGAAAUAACUCAUUGCAUUUUUACAGUUUCAUUGUGUAACGUACUCCGCAGAAAAAAUUUAUAACAACAAGACGCAAGAAGUACACAAAUAUUAAAGAAUAAAAAGCGAGUGAAAUAAACGAUGUAUCAUACUAGCUCACUGGGCAAGUUCGACUUAAUGUUAAACGAUACUUACGCGUAGAGAAACUAGUGCGGUUUGUGACGUGGUUAUCUGACGAUAAGUGCAAGGACAUGUUUUGUUCACCACUGUUUUAGAACAUUUACAAUGUUAGAUGUGGAAAGUUUAUAAGCUAGAUAAGAUCCGUUUAUCUGAGUUGUCGCCAUUUGACGUUUGUUGACGUAUUGUUUGAAACAGCUGUUAAUAGCGAUAUGGCUCGAUAUUUCCGGGAGCAGGAUAUAGAUGAAUUUCGUGAAUGCUUCUACCUUUUCGCACGAAGUGGACAGAUUCGUACCUUGGAUGAGUUAACUAUUAUAAUGAGAUCGCUGGGUAUGAGCCCAACGAUUCAGGAACUUAAAAAGUAUAUGAAAGAGAAAGGUGGAAAGAUGUCAUUUGCAGAGUUCCUUGAAGUGAUGCACACCCACAGCCAGGCUGAAGUUUUACCAGAUGAAGUAGUGGCAGCAUUUCAAGCAGCUGAUCCUGGAAAGAAAGGUGUGUUACCAGCUCGGCAGUUGAAGCAUAUGCUGCUUAACUGGGGUGAAAGACUUAGUGGGAAGGAAGUGGAACAGAUUUUUAGGGAAGCAAAUGUUUCACACAAUGGACAGGUGAAGUACCAGGACUUCGUGAAGAUUGCAUGUGCUCCUGUGCCAGAUUACUAUUAAUGCCUCAUGGAUCACAUGUGCCUGGGUUAUGACAGUUUACAUUUAUAAAGCAUUUGGUGGAGGCAUUGCAAACUUUUCUAUUUUUUGAAACUCCAUGUGUUGCUUAGAGAUCCACUCAUGUUAUAUUAUUGGUAUUAAAUUUUGUAUAUGAAAUGUGUGUAUCCGUAUUUGUUAUCACAUGAAAAGUAUGUGAUAAAAUUAUUUUUCUUUUGCUUGGGAAAAAAUCCAUAAUUACUUCUGAAAGGUGACAUAAUCUGACUGCCCAAUAGUAUUAUACUGAAUUUUAAGCAAUUCCUGUGAUAUCGAAUAUAAGUACUUAAUUGAAACAUUUGAUUUAUGGACAUUGCUGUUAAACUAUUUGUUUUAAUGCACUUUUAUAUAAUGUAUUUUUGAUGUGCAUGGAAAAGACUUUGUAAAGAGAGAGAAGUAAAGUUUAUUACAUUGAAAAA